AUGGAAGGGGAUAAUGAAGGGACAAGUAAGGUGAGAAGGAAAAAAAAACUGCCUCGGUUUAAGCAGUAUAGAAGGGCGGUGGACUUAAAGAAUCCUGAGUUUCGGCUUGGGAUGCAAUUUGAAAAUAGACAGGUUCUUAAGGAGGCACUCAGGGAAUAUUCCAUUAUUCAUGGAAGGAAACUGUUCUUUGAAAAAAAUGACAAGACGAGAGUAAAGGCAAUUUGCAACGGAGGAUUAAAAUGUCCAUUUCUGGUUUAUGCUUCACAGAUAAACCAGGAUGUGCAAACAUUUGUAAUUAAGAAGUUGAGCUUAGAACACACAUGUGGGAGGGUGGAGAAACUGAAGUUUGCUAAUCCCAAAUGGAUUUGUGACAGAUUUUCUAGCAAGAUUAAGAGAAACACAUAUUGGAAUCUCAAAGCUUUUCAAGGAGAAGUUUUGGAGUCCUAUCAUGUGAGGGUGUCCAAAACUCAAGUGUAUAGGGCAAAGAAAUUGGCUAAAGCACAAAUUGAAGGAAACUACAUACAGCAAUAUGCACGGUUGUGGGACUAUGCAGAGCAGUUGAAGAAAACCAACAAAGGUAGUACAGUGAAAAUUAAGUGUGAUAUGGUUGGGGGUGAAGCAAUAUUUAAAAGGAUUUAUGUGUGUCUGGUUGCUUGUAAAAAAGGGUUUUUAGAAGGGUGCAGGCCUGUAAUUGGGGUUGAUGCUUGCCAUUUGAAAGGUCCUUAUCCUGGGCAAAUAUUGACUGCUGUAGGAGUUAAUGGUAAUAAUGGUCUUUUCCCAAUUGCAUAUGUUGUGGCUGAGAUUGUAAACAAGGACUCGUGGAUUUGGUUUCUGUCUUUGUUGAUUGAAGAUUUAGGUAUUAGAAAUGGUUUAUCCUGGGCUUUCAUAAGUGAUAAGCAAAAGGGGCUCAUACCUGCCAUUGCACAUGUACUACCAACUGCAGAGCAUAGGAUGUGCGUCCGGCACUUGUACAAUAAUUUCAGAGCAACACAUGUUGGUCUCACUCUUAAACACAUGUUGUGGGCAGCUGCUAGAGCCACUACUAUUCCUUGGUGGGAAGCAGAAAUGGACAAGAUGAAGGAAGAGGACUUAGAAGCUUGGAAAUGGUUGGUGCAGAGACCACCCAAUAAUUGGACUAGAUCUCAUUUUCAUACAAGGUAUAAGUGUGAUCUUCUACUGAACAACCUUUGUGAGAGCUUUAAUGCAGCUAUAAUUGAUGCCAGAGAUAAUUCCAUUUUGACAUGUUUGGAAAGUAUUCGAAUGUAUGUGAUGCUUAGGAUGGCUAAUCGAAGGGCUGCUUGUGGUAAAUGGAAACACCCUAUUGGCCCAAGGAUAUUCAAAAUAAUUGAGAAGAACAAGAUGGGAGCUUCUCAAUGCAUUCCUAGAUUGGCUGGGGAUAAAAUGUAUCAAGUCAGUCACAUGUAUGGUGGAGAGUUUGUUGUAGAUCUUGCAGCAAUGUCUUGUAGUUGUAGGAGAUGA